UAUCCCGACUUUGGCAAUUCGGAUCUGACCUGUAAAAUCUUUCAACUUUGAUCCCUUUACCUUUCUGAAAUUCGCUACUCAGAAUUUUCCCGCUCCAUCGCAUUUUCACGGCGAAUGGAUUCACCAAUUCCGCCGUCAGAGAAUCCUAUAGACGGAGACGAAGAUUGGGAACUUUACAACGACGACGGCUUCGUUUACAAACGAAAAAAACGAAGCCGUAUCGCCGACGCUGAAGAAACAUUAAAACCGCCGGAUCCAGAGUUAGAUCCCGUGGUAGAGGAGAGGAAUCGAAGAAUACGGAAGAAGAGAAUACUGGUGAAGCUCAAAAGAAAGUAUCAGAGUGAGAUCGAGCAGUGGGAGAUUUUAUCGAACAGUUUGAAUUCUAUGCAAGUGAAAGCAGAUCGAUUUCAAACGACGCAGCGAGAAGAGAUGUCAAAUGCUAAAGAGACGAUCUCGUUUCCUGAGAAUGCUUCCUAUACUAAAGAAGGAGCUCGAGAAUUUGGCGGUGAAGAUGCUUCUGCGCCGUCGUCUAUGCUCGACCAACUUCUUUUUAUGGCGGAAUCACAAGAAGCGGUGAUUAAUGACGUCUCGAAGCUGUGUGAAGUUGCAGAGAACAUAUGUAGAAUUGAAGAAGAAGAGAAGAAGCAGUCCUUCUUUGAUCUUCCCAUAUGGAGCUCACCAACGGAUCUAAUGGCGUUGCUUUGUGGUGAUUAACCGCUAAAUUAAUCAUCUUUUGUGGUUUAUCUUAGCUCUCUACUUAGGUUACUUUGUACAAUGCGUGUGGUUUGUGCUGCAAUUGUAGAGUGAGUUUCUGUGUUAGGCUCAAAUUAGGAGGUGUUUAAUCCGGGUUUAGGUUUGUUUUCGGCAUUCUAGUCAGUUAUAUCCUUAAUUUUCAAAAAAAGUCGGCUUCAGAUUCGGGGUUUGGAUAUAGAGAAAUGUGAAUCCAUUAAGAUAUGGUAUGGCUUGUGGAUUGGUUAUCUGGGUUCAGGUCAGUAUGUUUGUCUAAGCUCAUCAAUUAUGUAUAUCUAUUUUUGCCUUACCUCAA